CUGGAAAAUUAGAGAAAGAUAUUUUUAACUUUGAAUUGUAUGUUGCUCUUUCUUUUCUGUUGUUUUCCUGCUUGUUACUCUCACUUCACUAGUUAGGAAUUAAAAUCUGAAUACUUCUAAGGUUUAAUGAGGUAUUCUUUGACAGGAUGAAGUCACAAUUAAAGUGUGUUUCGGUUCCUGGAACUGUGAUAGUUGGUGCAGGGCCUUCUGGGCUAGCCACAGCUGCAUGCCUCAAAGAAAAAGGUGUCCCCUAUUUGAUACUUGAAAGAGAGAACUGUUUAGCCUCCCUAUGGAAACUUAAAGCAUAUGAUUGCCUAACAGUUCACCUCCCUCGGAAAUUCUGUGAGCUCCCUCAUAUGACAUUACCACCAGAUUUUCCUGCAUUCCCAACAAAAUUACAGUUCAUAAGCUACUUAGAUGCCUAUGCUAAGCACUUCUCUAUUGAGCCUGUGUUUGGGGAGGAGGUUCAACAGGCAGAAUAUGAUUCAACCAUGGGAUUCUGGAGGGUGCAGACCCUGAGGUACAGAUUUUUUUGUCGCUGGUUGAUUGUGGCAACAGGAGAGAAUGCAGAACCUAUAUUGCCUGAGAUUCCUGGGAUUUCAGAUUUCCAGGGGGGAUACCUCCAUUCUAGUUUGUAUAAAAAUGGAGCCAAUUUCAAAGGUGAGAAGACUUUGGUUGUUGGUUGUGGGAACUCAGGCAUGGAGAUUAGCUUGGAUUUAUGUAACAAUGGUGCCCAGCCUUUCAUGGUAGUAAGAAACGAGUUGCAUAUUUUGCCCAAGGAAAUGCUUGGGAGAUCAACAUUUGGUCUGUCAAUGUGGUUACUUAAGUGGCUUCCUCUAAGGAUAGUUGAUCGGUUUCUAAUCCUCAGUUCGCGGUUAAUUCUUGGAGAUACACGGCAAUUCGGUCUUAGGAGACCCCAAAUUGGGCCCCUUGAAUUGAAGAAAACUACUGGAAAGACCCCAGUUUUGGAUGUUGGUACUUUAGCCAAAAUCAGGACUGGUCAAAUCAAGGUUGUUCCUGGUAUACAUAGACUCACAGCCAGAGGCGCAGAAUUUGUGAAUGGAGGAGUAGCAGAAUUUGACUCGGUGAUUCUAGCUACAGGCUACAGAAGCAAUGUACCUUCAUGGCUAAAGGAGGAAGAGUUCUUUAACAAGCAUGACGGAUCUCCAAAAACACCAUUCCCCAACUGCUGGAAAGGCAAGAAUGGACUAUACAGUGUAGGCUUUAGCAAACAAGGCUUGCAGGAUGCUUCUAUAGAUGCACAGAGAGUUGCCCAAGACAUUGCAAGGCAAUGGAAGUCCGAGACAAAGCAUUUGCACUUCGAUUACCACAUGGAACGAAUCGUAUCCCACCCACGGCUCCACGCACAUAUUUCUUCUAUCUCAUCUCUUCGUUCAAGACUUCAAGUUAAUCAAGUUGGUUGACACUUUGAAAUUCA